CGGAGAGAUAGCGGCGGUUCUUAGUGCCUCAACGUCGUCAGAUGAUGGCACAUCAACAAACCUUUGAACUCGCGAUAAACUGUGCUAGUUUACUAGAAAUCAAACAUUAGUGCGAUUUAAGUGUUUAACCCUUCCAGGAUGGACCCUUUGCCCAACAACACUCGCUACAUCCUCGAACUCGAACGCGACGCCCUUUUGCACGAAAAAUUCGAGUUUGAUGAGAAAUACGGAACGUUUUCGUUCGCUUUUUUGUCAAGUUUGGAAGCUUUGGCCCUUUUGACAUACAUUUACAUCGCAGUGGUCUUGAUUUACCAUGAAGUGACCAGGACCAAGACCAACUUGAUUGUCAGUAUUUGGGCCCUUAUAAACUUCGUCGUGUUAUUGGAGAAAUUGUUGAGGUCUUUUGGGGUUUUACUCGAWGUUGAUUUUGUUAUCAGUGAAGAUGUGGCACCUUUGAGUCAGAUGUUAUCAGGAGUGGGACGCAAUUACGGCACUUUGUUAUCACUAGUGUGGCUUUUUUCUAAAUAUUUUGGAACACCGAAACGAAAAUAUGACACUUUUAUGUACUUUUUCAUUGCGGUGCCUUUACUCGUUUUUUCCUUCUAUGUUUAUUAUUAUUUUGCUGUCAAUAAGUUCAUUUUUGAAGUUUAUGGACCCGGAUGUGAUGUCGUGAACGCCACAUGUUACAUUUUAGUUGCUGUUAUCUUCAUUCUGUGUAAAAUCUUUCUCAACACUUAUCACAAAUCGUCACAAUACGCAUUAAUGAUUUCCAUUGUCAAUCUAAUCACAAAUUUACCGAUUUGUCUAAUCACUAUUUAUCUGAGAUUCAAUUUAGACAUAGCGUGGGUUUAUCGAUUUCAUAUUUAUUUCGUCGACUUUUUCAUCAAUGCUGUCAAUUGUAGUAACGCCUUCGCUGUGUUAUUUUUAAUUCUUUUGUACAACAAAACGAUAAGACAAAGCUUUUUCAUGCGACGAAAUGACGUGAAAAUCGAACCCGAACUCGAAAAAAUCAAUGUCGAAUUUAUUUAAUUUUAAUAAAUGACGAUUUUAAUUA